AAGAUCAAUUUUCUGGCAAAUAAUUUGAGAUAUGAAGAGGAUCCGGUCGGGGGACAUAGCAGAGUGGGGUGUUUUUGACGAAGGAAUUGAAAAAGCCGGAAAGUGAGUGGCCCCAGAUGUUCAUCCCGUGUCUAAAAAAAAGGCAAAUAGAGAGGAAUCAUCUCUGUCUAUAUAUAUAUAUGCGUGUGAUAUGGGGUUCCAGAGCAAGCCAUUGGGUUCUGCAUUUGUGCUUAGUGCUUACCUCAUCCAAAAUGACAGAGCCUUGCAGCAGCAGCAUAUCAUGCACCACCUUCAAUAUACUGGCUCCCAUCUACAAGCGGCUGGAUCAGCAAAACCAAAGCCUGCGGGAAAGUGGUUGCAGGGCCUUCUGGAUUUCCAGAAACAACAGGAUAUUGGAUUGGUUGCUCUAUGAAAGCUCUUCCAUUAUUUGUCUCCAGGAGUUCUGGGUGGGAAAUGAAGAACUUGUUCAUAUGUACCAGAAGAGGCUGGGAGAUGCUGGCUAUAUCACCUUCCAACUUGCAAGAACCAACAAUCGUGGAGACGGUCUACUAACUGCUGUGCGGAAGGACUAUUUUAGGGUUUUGAACUAUAGAGAGUUGCUCUUUAAUGACUUUGGAGACCGGGUUGCACAGCUAUUACAUGUUCAAUUAGCUGUUCCUUUACCACAGAAUCGAAAGGGCAAUGUUCAGCUUCAGCAAGAAAUCCUUAUUGUGAACACCCACCUGUUAUUUCCUCAUGAUUCUAGUCUAUCUAUUGCCAGAUUGCAUCAGGUCUACAAAAUACUGCAAUAUGUGGAAUCAUAUCAGAGAGAAAACAAGCUUAAGCCCAUCCCCAUUAUCCUCUGUGGUGACUGGAAUGGAAGCAAGCGUGGCCACGUCUACAAAUUCCUAAGGUCCCAGGGGUUUGUGUCAUCCUAUGAUACCGCUCAUCAGUACACUGAUAGUGAUGCUGAUGCUCACAAGUGGGUUAGUCACUGCAAUCAUAGGGGGAACAUCUGUGGGGUUGAUUUCAUAUGGCUUCUUAAUCCUAAUAAAUUUCGAAAACCGUUAAAGACUAGUUGGGCUGAAGCAGUGUUUGGCAUUAUAAAGUAUCAGCUUCGAAAAGCUUCCUUGGCUGAAAAUGAUGCAUUUGCACUUUUAAAGGCAGACAAUCUUGGUGAUUUUAUUACACAUUCAAGUUUUUGUGAAGCACUCUGCCAGAUUAAUUUAAUUGGGCAUCCUCAUGGACUCAGUUUCCAGGAGACAGAAGAUUUGUGGAUCCAAGCAGACAAUGAUGGCAAUGGCAUUAUUGAUUAUGAAAAAUUCCAGAGGUGGAUUUGGAAUCCCACAUGUUCAGAGCAAAGGGAGGAAAAUCACAGUGAGAGUAGGGAGGAUGCUAAAGAGGACUCAGAGGAGCAAGUGAUUGGUUUCAAAGUGAAGAACGCAGUUCUCUCCCCCCACGAAGUAGAAAAAGGGGUAUGGCCUGAGAACUACUCUCUGUCUGAUCAUGCCAGGCUCACUGUUGUGUUCUCAAUAGUAAGGAUGCUGUGUCCAGUAUUCAAAACAUAACAAGGCGCAGUUACCUUGGAAUUUUCUUUCUUGUAGAAAAAAACUCAUAUGAUCAAAAUGUAAAUGGUGAAUCAAAGGAAAUUUGUUAAGUUUUUGGCAGUAUAUUGCA